AUGGCACGAAACCACCGCGUUUUGGAAUUCUAUUCUGGUAUCGGAGGAAUGCACUAUGCAUUUAAAGCGUCCGGACAUAGUGGUGAGAUACUCGCUGCGUUCGAUAUCAACAAUACAGCCAAUGAAGUAUAUAGGUAUAAUUUUUGUAAAGAGGGGAGGGAUGUUGUUGUUCAACGUAACAUAGACUCGCUGCCAUACACAUACUUUUCUUCUUUCGCGGCAACGCUUUGGCUCCUCUCACCGCCUUGUCAGCCGUACACACGUACUGGCCUUCAGAAAGGCUGCGCUGAUGAGAGAGCAAAGUCAUUUUUGCAUGUAAUGGAUGUGUUGGGGAGUAUGGAAAAAGAAAAUAUGCCGGAAUUUUUGUUGGUGGAGAAUGUACGCGGAUUCGAAACAUCAUCAACACGAGAGACUUUAAUAUCCAGAUUGACGUCUCUAAAUUAUGCAUAUCAAGAGUUUCUAAUAUCUCCCAUACAAUUAGGUAUUCCGAAUUCAAGGUUGAGAUAUUAUUUGCUGGCAAAGAAACUUCCGCGCGCAUUUUCUUCAGCUCUUCCUGCCAUAGAUCAAGUCCACGACCAUAUUCCCGGAUAUAUACCUGAACGUUCUUUACACACAAGGCAAAUUAAAGACUAUUUGGAACAGCUGGACGUAUCCGAGGGAGAAAAGUACAGGAUCAAAGAGAAGACAUUGGUGAAGUAUGGACAGCUUUUUGAUAUUGUGAAGCCGUCAUCACAACAAAGUUGUUGCUUUACUAAAGGCUAUUAUCAUUAUGUGGAAGCGACGGGAUCAAUCCUUCAAAUGAAUGAGGAUAUUGAUCGCCAAAAGACAAACGCAUGCUUUCUCACUCUUUCAACAGAUAAAACCACAAGUACGGUUGCAGCAGCUACCGUUGGUGCGGAUACGGUCGCCACAUCCACAUCCGCUUAUUCCAUCCUCAACCUCCGCUACUUCACGCCGAGUGAAAUUUCCGCUAUUUUGGGCUUUCCUCGCGAUUUCUCAUUCCCUGAGCAUAUAAGCCUUAAGCAGAGAUAUAGACUCUUGGGUAAUAGUAUUAGUGUCGAGGUUGUAAAACGAUUGAUUGCAUAUUUAUUGGACGAGUGA